GUGUGUGUUUUCUUUAAAGCUUUUUAGAAGUUUUAUAAGAUGUCUGGACGAGGUAAAGGUGGUAAGGGUUUGGGAAAAGGAGGUGCAAAGCGUCAUCGGAAAGUCCUUCGAGAUAACAUUCAAGGCAUCACCAAACCAGCAAUUCGUCGUUUGGCUCGUCGAGGUGGUGUGAAGCGUAUAUCUGGCUUGAUUUACGAAGAAACCCGUGGGGUGUUAAAAGUGUUUCUGGAAAAUGUUAUACGGGAUGCUGUCACCUACACGGAACACGCAAAGCGAAAAACAGUUACCGCAAUGGAUGUUGUCUAUGCGCUAAAGAGACAGGGACGAACACUGUAUGGCUUCGGAGGAUAAAGUUCAAAAACGACAUAACUAAACCCAAAGGCCCUUUUAAGGGCCGCC